UAUUGGUGUUCUUCAGUUUAAUUUUAAGUUUUGUUUCUGUGCUUCGUUUUAAAUAUAUUUUUUAUCAUGUCUUUAAGACUUACUUUAUUAGAACUUUUCAGUUACUUAGAUUCUAAACCAACAUCUAGAAAUGUUUGUGAGGGUGAACGCUUACUAAACGCCGGACACCUUUUAUUAUGCGGUUUAAAGGAAAUUUCAGAUUCUGAAGUUAAAAUUGUGGCACUUUGUCUGCAGACGUCAGGUAUAACUUUGGCACCACAUCAGUUAGAUGGAGAAUGUACGAUAAAAAAUGGUGAAGUUAAAGUGAAGAAAUUCAUCUGUAGUUGCAAAGCUGGCUUGGGAGGAAAAUGCAAGCACACUUCAUCUGUAUUAUUACAGUGUACAAGGUUGUAUUAUACAAAUUUAAAUGUGCUAUAUCAGGCCUACUCGAUUGAACUCAGAUUAUUGUCCAUUCAUUAUUUUAGUUCUUUUUGCUGUGUGUUUUCUUUUGUUGUAGGGUUAAUAUUAAUGAACUACCAAAAAUCAUCUACAGAUGUAAAAUGUAUUUGGACUAAAAAGAAGGAGGCAUCCAUCGAGCAAUAUAAACCAGAGCCCUUAAAAGAUUUUAAAUGUUUAAAGUUUGUUUUUUGAUCAAUAUUUUUUAACUGAUAUAGUCCAAUACCAUGUGUCAGUGAGGAACGAAAGAAGCUGUUUAGAAACAUGUUAAUGCCCUAUGCUCCAAAUUCUUGCAUAAGUAUCCACAGGUAAUUCAUAUUCUUAUUGGAAUAUCACCAAUCAUAAGUUUCAUUUGUUAUUUUUGAUAAUUAUCAAUAAAAUAAUAUUUUAGACAGAGGUCAAAAGCAAGACAGGAGCAACAAUUGACAUCCACGAAUAUAUUUCCAGCAAGUAAUACCCGACAAUAUAUUUUUGAUUUAUUUCAAAAUGCAGGAAAUUCUGUUUACUUGAAACUUUUAGACAAUAUUUGUACCAUGCCUUUGAGGGAAUGUUGUCAAAAGUUUUAUGCAAGCAAAAUUCAAUGGAUCAGUGGGGUAUUACUAUGCCAGGAAACGAUGGAUGAUCCCAAGAAGUGGCAAAUGGAGAGGAAAUUCCGCAUUACAGGUUCAAGAUGCUAUGGCCUGUAUACAUAUAAUGGUAGUGACUGGAAUCUAAAAAGUUGUAAAUAUUUUUGGCCAAAGUCAUUUUCGUCAGUGUAUAUUAAGCAUGGACUUGCUUAUGAAAAUGAAGCAAGAAAUAUUUACAGUAGUAGGUUAGGUUAUACUGUUGUACAAACCGGCCUAGUAGUCCUCCCAAAGUAUCCUUUCUUGGGAUAUUCACCUGACGGACUGGAUUUAAAAAAAUGGACUACCUUGCAAGUUGUUGGAAAUAAAAUGCCCUUUUAAAGGGCGUGAUAUGACAGCAGCAGCCCUCAUCCAAAACUGCGACUAUUUAAAAAUAGAAAAUGGUUUUCUUAUUUAAAAAAAAAAACACCCAUAUUAUGGACAAAUACAAUUAGGGAUGGUAUUGCUGAAUGUGGCAGAAUGUGAUUUUAUAGUUUAAGCUCCAUUUGACAAAACCUUCCUUAAUAUAAUUGUAUAUUUGGUUGUCAAUUUUGUAGAAGA